AAAGAACGAAGUAUUUAAUAAGAAUAUUUCAUUCAUAUCUAGGAUGUCUUAUUUUUGUGUUCCCUUUAUAUUUUUGAACAGUGUAUAUGUUAAGGUACCAAUUCCUUCAGUGCAUCUCCAACAAUUAUUUGAAAGGACUGAAUUGACAUUUUUUAAUUACCACAGAUGUUCAUCUUGAUAAUAAUUUAUAGGAAUAUUCUUGAAAUCCAUUAUGAAAUAUUAUCCCAGUCUGCCUCCAUAAGUGUAAUGUUAAGUUCAGAUUCCCCUACCUUAACAUUUGUGGGGAGGUCUGGGUAUUUACACUCCUUGACUAUUUUAUACAUCAGCAUAAGGGUAUGUCUAAAUUACAAUGACAUUGAACAUACAUUUAUAAGCUUUGUAUUUUUAAAUAUCUCCAGUUAUCUUUUCGACAACUGGAGUAGUUAUCAGUAGUGUCAGUGUGAAGAAAAUUUCUUAGGACAAGGUUAGUCCGAUAUAUCCCGGAUCAAGCAUGUCAGCUCAAGCACAGCGCCAAAGGCCCACAGCGCAGGAGAGGCGAGCGACCCGGCAGCAGACACCGCCAGAGGCAGAGCAGCAGCCCCAGGAUGACGGUGGAGCAGAUGAACCGGACCCCGCUCAGUCGCCAGAACUUAACAUCGACAUUGGGCCUCUCCUCCCUCUGGAGGCAGCACCCCAGGCAGACCAGGCUCAACUGGCCCCAGGACCUGCCCAGGCCCCAGGACCCAGCCAGGCCUCAGGACCCAGCCAGGCCCCCGAGGCCUCAGAUGAUGAGGCGGAGGAGGCCCCCGAGGCAGAGGAGGCCAUGGAGGCCCCAGACACCCCCCCCCCUUUACUCCUCCCCCAGUUUGUCCCCAUUUUCCCCAGCCUUUGAGUUCCCCACCCAGCCCCCCGGAUGCCAGCCACCAGGUUCUCCUGGCCCAGCACAUCGGUCCAUGCGGGAGGACCUGGACAAUGUAAUGGCUGAGCUGGCCCAGCUCUGGGGGAAAGUAGCACAACUAAGUAGUGACUUGGAGGAACUCAAGGGCAGCAAGCCCUAAGUUUUUUUUUCCU